AUGCCUCGUUUCUCCGGAAAAACCGUCAUUGUCACUGGAUCUUCGAAUGGAAUCGGAAGAUCAGCUGCUCUGAUUUUCGCUCAAGAAGGAGCUCAAGUUACCAUUACUGGAAGACAUGCCGAACGUCUUGAAGAAACCAAACAACAACUUUUAAAGGCAGGAGUUCCAACUGGAAACAUCAAUUCGGUGGUGGCAGAUGUUACUGAAGGAUCUGGACAAGACCAAAUAAUCAGCACCACUCUUUCGAAAUUCGGAAAGAUUGAUAUCUUGGUUAACAAUGCUGGAGCCAACUUGGCAGAUGGAACCUCGAAUACAGAUCAACCAGUGGAAUUGUACCAAAAAACGUUCAAGCUGAAUUUCCAAGCAGUUAUCGAAAUGACUCAGAAAACAAAAGAGCAUUUGAUCAAAACCAAGGGAGAGAUUGUCAACGUUUCUAGUAUUGUUGCUGGUCCACAAGCGCACCCUGGAUAUCCAUACUACGCUUGCGCUAAGGCUGCUCUUGAUCAAUAUACACGAUGCACAGCAAUCGACCUCAUCCAACAUGGAGUUCGUGUAAAUUCCGUCAGUCCAGGAGCAGUUGGUACUGGAUUCAUGGCUGCGAUGGGACUCCCAGAACCAGCAUCUCAGAAGCUUUAUGACUUCAUGGGAUCCCGAAAAGAGUGUAUUCCAGUUGGUCACUGUGGACGUCCAGAGGAGAUUGCUAAUAUUAUUGUGUUCCUUGCUGAUAGAAAUCUCUCUUCUUACAUCAUCGGACAAUCCAUCGUUGCUGAUGGAGGUUCUACUUUAGUUAUGGGAAUGCAAGCUCAUGAUUUGAUGUUUAUUCUUAGUCAGUAA